CAACAAUAUUAUCCACUAAACAGAGUCUGGUUAACCCACUUAUCUGGAGUGAAUAUUUAUCACCCAGACGAUGCAGAGAUUUUAUUGUCCAGUAUGAAGCAUAUUGAGAAGAGCAAGAUUUAUCAUUUGCUUCAUCCAUGGUUACAAACUGGUUUAUUGACAAGCACAGGCAACAAGUGGCAAAGUCGUCGCAAGAUGUUGACCCCUUCCUUUCACUUCAGUGUCUUGCAAAAGUUUGUUGAUAUUUUUGUGGAACAGGCAGACAGUCUUGUGCAGUACUUGAAAUCACAGGGUGACGAAAUUGUACAAGACAUUGUACCACUUUUCACAAAAUACGCCUUGUAUACGAUUUGUG